AGCAGUACCUCUGUUGGGAUACCUACCUCAGGAUUUAAUAGGAACACCAGUCUUGGUGCAUCUUCACCCAAAUGACAGACCAUUAAUGCUAGCAAUUCACAAAAAAAUACUUCAGUAUGGAGGACAGCCUUUUGACUAUUCACCGAUCAGGUUUUGCACUAGAAAUGGAGAUUAUAUAACCAUGGACACUAGCUGGUCCAGUUUCAUCAACCCCUGGAGUCGCAAAGUGUCGUUUAUCAUUGGAAGACACAAAGUUAGGACGGGUCCCUUAAAUGAAGAUGUCUUUGCUGCUCCCAACUAUACAGAAGAUAGAAUUCUUCAUCCCAGUGUUCAGGAAAUCACCGAGCAAAUCUACCGGCUAUUAUUACAGCCUGUACACAACAGCGGAUCCAGUGGCUAUGGAAGUCUAGGUAGCAAUGGGUCACACGAGCACCUAAUGAGUGUGGCAUCCUCCAGUGACAGCGCAGGAAAUAAUAAUGAAGACACUCACAAGGAUAAACCAGUUUGUCAAGAUGCCCGUAAGGUCAAAAACAAAGGUCAGCGUAUUUUCACUGACAGCAAAGCAAAACUGGAAUAUAAGAGAGAGCCUUUUACAGAAAAGCAAAGUGGUCCUGGCGGUCAGGUGAAGGACGUAGUGGGAAAGGAUACUGCAGUCACAGCUGCUCCAAAAAAUGUGACUACGGAAGAGUUGGCUUGGAAAGAACAGCCUGUAUAUUCUUACCAACAGAUUAGCUGUUUGGACAGUGUCAUCAGGUACUUGGAGAGUUGUAAUGUGCCUGGUACGGCAAAAAGAAAGUGUGAACCUUCAUCAAGUGUUGCAUCACUGAGUUCUGGAGUUCAUGAGCAAAAACCAGCUGAUAACGCCAUACAGCCCUUGGGAGAUCCUGCAGUGCUGAAGGCAUCUGGUAAAUCAAAUGGUCCCCCAGUGGUUGGUGCUCACUUAACAUCUUUGGCUUUACCUGGCAAGCCUGAAAGUGUUGUCUCGCUCACAAGUCAAUGCAGCUACAGUAGCACCAUUGUUCAUGUUGGAGACAAAAAACCCCAACCUGAAUUAGAAAUGAUAGAAGAUGGUCCAGGUGGAGCAGAACUCUUAGAUGGGCAGCUUCUUGCCCCUCCAUCCAGCUCUGCGCAUGUGAAUCAAGAGAAGGAGCCAUUUAAAAAACUGGGGCUUACAAAGGAAGUCCUUGCCGUGCAUACGCAAAAAGAGGAGCAGAGCUUUUUGAAUAGGUUUAAAGAAAUCAAGAGAUUUAAUAUUUUUCAGUCCCACUGCAAUCACUACUUACAAGAUAAACCAAAAGGACGGCCUGGUGAACGCGGUGGCCGUGGACAAAGAAAUGGUGCUUCUGGAAUGGAUCAGCCUUGGAAGAAAAGUGGAAAGAACAGGAAAUCAAAGCGCAUUAAACCACAGGAGUCUUCGGACAGUACAACUUCAGGAACUAAAUUCCCUCAUCGGUUCCCUCUUCAAGGUUUAAAUACGACUGCUUGGUCACCGUCGGACACUUCACAAGCCAGCUACUCGGCAGUGUCUUUUCCCACGGUCAUGCCUGCGUACCCACUUCCUGUUUUUCCAGCAGCAGGGACUGUGCCACCAGCUCCUGAGACUUCCCUCUCUGGUUUUAAUCAGUUGCCAGACUCUGCGAAUACUUGCCCUGUGCAACCAUCCCAGUUCUCUGCACCCCUCAUGACCCCCGUCGUAGCUCUUGUGCUCCCCAACUAUGUCUACCCAGAGAUGAACAAUAACUUACCUCAAGCGCUUUACCACGGCCAACCCAACUUCCCUGCCCAUUCCACUUUCUCUUCGCAGACAGUAUUUCCGACGCAGCCGCCGUUUGCUACCCCCAGCCCUUUCCCGCAGCAGGCGUUUUUCCCGACACAGCCAUUCCAUUAUAAUCCACUGGCGGAGAGCGAGAAGGUCCCUGUCGCAGAGCCGCGGAAUGAGCCGUCCCGUUCCUGCACUCCACAGUCAGUGGGACCUCAAGACCAGGCUUCGCCACCUCUGUUCCAGUCCAGGUGCAGUUCUCCUCUGAACCUUCUGCAGUUAGAAGAAACCACAAAAACUGCUGAAAGUGGAGCUCCUGCGGGCUUACACGGAGCUUUAAGUGAGGAAGGAGCCAUAGGCAAAACUAAUAACUGUAGUGGAAAGGGAUCCUUACCGGCUGAAUCUCCAAUGGAUGCUCAAAACAGCGAUGCGCUCUCCAUGUCUAGUGUCCUGCUUGACAUUUUACUCCAAGAAGAUGCAUGUUCAGGCACGGGUUCAGCUUCUUCAGGGAGUGGUGUAUCUGGAGCUGCUGAGUCUCUGGGGUCUGGAUCCAACGGCUGUGGCAUGUCAGGGAGCAGAACAGGUAGUAGCGAAACUAGUCAUACCAGCAAAUAUUUUGGGAGCAUUGAUUCCUCAGAAAAUCACCAUAAAACCAAAAUGAAGGCAGAAAUGGAAGAAAGUGAGCACUUCAUUAAAUAUGUCCUCCAGGAUCCUAUUUGGCUUUUGAUGGCAAACACAGAUGACACGGUGAUGAUGACGUACCAGAUACCUUCACGAGAUUUGGAAACAGUUUUAAAAGAAGAUAAGCAGAAGCUAAAGCAAAUGCAGAAACUACAGCCAAAAUUUACAGAAGAACAAAAAAGAGAACUUAUUGAAGUUCAUCCAUGGAUCCAGCAAGGUGGACUGCCAAAAACUGUUGCUAAUUCUGAAUGUAUUUUUUGCGAGGACAACAUACAAAGCAGUUUUUAUACGUCGUAUGAUGAAGAAAUCAACGAAAUGGACCUCAAUGAAAUGAUUGAAGACGGUGGGGAAAACAACUUGGUUUCCCUGAGUCAAGUCAGUGAAGAACAAACAUAG